GUCAGUACCUCUAUAGGUCGUGGUGGCAAUCGAGUGUGAAAUAGCAGAGCUGCUCUUGGGGAUGCUUGGUCCCACGGUUGUCUGGGAAGCUCAAAAAGUCAGACCUAUGCAGUCUGGCUUUAACAUGGAGCUAAGGGAGGUCCUAGGAGUUACCGCCUCUAAAUGCCCCAUUGCUCGAAUACGGUCUGAGCUGUGCAUCGGUCUAGUUUGAGUUUGACUGGCAGUCCUUGGCCCCAGCUGAAAAUCCCAGACCUGCUAUCCUGCCCGAGGCUCCCUGAAAAACUUCAGUCCUGGCCUAAGUCAGGAGUGGGAAGCAGCUGGAGGAGCCUGUUCCACUGCUGUCAGCACUGUCUAUCCUGGCUGUGCUAGAGCCUCACCCCCUGCCAUUUGCCACAUGCUGUCAGCUUCAGCCCUGGCUGCCUGCUGCUAAGAGACAGCAGGGUGGGGCUGCGGGGGGAGGACUGCUGACUGAAGAAGAAGCAGCCCAGCAGCUGGGAGAUGCAAGAGAGCUGGGUGGAGGGUACAAAAGGCAGAGAAGCCUUAAAGGACGAGAGACCUGAAAUGUACCUGCACAAGUGCACAUUUCUCUCCAGAUGCCCUUCAGUGGCAAUUCCUCUGUGACUCAUCUUCACAAACCCAGAAAGAACCAGAACGAGAUUAUCAUGUGCUGGGAUUUCUUUUGGGACCAGAGAUUUGAUCUUCCACCAGCCUGAUCUCCAGCUAAAGGUGAGACUACACACCCUGCAUCUUAGGGUACAUCUACACUACCUGCCAGAUUGGCGGGCAGCAAUCAAUCCAGUGGGGGGUUGAUUUAUCGCAUCUAGUCUAGACGUGAGAAAUUGACCCCCAAGCACUCUCCUGUUGACUCCUGUAUUCCACUGCCAUGAGAGGUGCAGGUAGAGUCGACGGGGAGUGGCAGCAGUUGACUCACCGCAGUGAAGACACCGCGGUGAGUAGGUCUAAGUAUGUCGACUUCAGCUACGUUAUUCACAAAGCUGAAGUUGCGUAACUUAGAUCGCUUCUCCCCCUGCUUCCCUCAGUGUAGACCGGGCAUUAGUCUUCACAUGUAAGUCAGCAGUGUGGAGAUGCGAUGUGGCAGAGACAAGCCAGACAUCCACCGUAGUCUCUCCAUCAAACACAGUGGAGGCCUCCCUGCAGUUACAAGCUCUGCUGACACAUGGCGGGAUUCAUCCCUAGCCCGGCGCAGGGACCAAGACGGCAGACAAUGCACCUCCCCUUAAUUGGGGGCUAGUUUGGCCCUUUGGUGGCUGUCAGGGCAGCUGUCAUUUACACUAUGGUUGCAACAGUCUCUGUAGACCUUUGCACCACUGCCAAAAGCUGCCAUUCAGGAAUGCCCUGUCCACUCCUGCUCCUCCACUACUGCCCCUGCUCCAGGGUUAUGGAGCUGGCUACACUGACUGUGUGCCCAUUGGAGACGCUUGCUACGCUGGGGGUAUUCCCUGAAUCUAUAUGGCACAUGACAGGGAUGAAUUCCCCCCAUCCCCAAUGCACCACGAAAAGGGCUCUCUCUAUGUGUGUAUAUAUAUGUUUCAGCUGUGGUGCUGAAAAGCCACUUGCUCUGGUCCAGGGUGCAACGAAACCUUAAUCCGCCUCUGUGUGGAAAAAGCAGAGACCAUCCCUUCCCAUCUGCUUUGCAAGGGUAGUGUGAAUCUGCAUGCAGCCACUCUGUGAAGUGACAGGACAGAGGGGGAUUUCUGGAGUAACUUCUGUCUUCCAAGAUCUUGCUCCCCUUUUUGGGGACACCCCCAUCCCUUCCCACCGACCGCAUCGGAGCGUCCCCUCUGCACCUGGACAAGAUCAUUUUCCUCCUUGAAAUCUGACAGUCCCAGUUUCCCACUUAAUUGUAGCUGUUACUGGGGGAGGGGAGCCUAAAGAGAUCAGCCAGGCCAAUGCUCCCUCAUGGAAGGAGAGCAGCUAGGAUAUUACUCUUUUGUAGGGUGGGAGUGGGAAGGAGCAGAUGAGGUGAUGGUCCUGUGACAUUGACAGACCAGGUGCCAACUCAUGGCAAGUCCCGUAGGCCUUGCUGAACUCUGACAAAUGCAUAGCUGGAAACCAGUCUAGGUCACCUAGGUGUUAAAAUAGGUAUCAGAUUCAUAAAAACAUAUUUAGUGUUUAGACUUUAUGAAAUGCUUGUGAGUUGCUACAUGCGUUAAUCUCACUUACAAUAGCUGUGUCCCAUGUUCGAAGAUAUUAGAGAGUUGGCUCUGAAACUCUAAAUCAAGAGAGCAGCAUUACCAACUAUGAAAUACUAGUUUGCCACAAGAGGUCUCAUCUUCUGCCCAACAAAAGAAGGCCCAUAGAAACCAGACAAGCCGUUGUGGAACAUCAGAGGACAGAAUACUUUCCUGAUUGUUUCCCCCUCCUGCCAUGAAUGGGACGUGCAUGUGGACUCGUCCCACCAGCUUGAACUCUGGCGGAAGCAAAUAAAAAUCCCUGGCAAGGAGGAACUGUAUCUUUAUGCUGCUUGGACUCUGCGGGGAAAGGAUUACUAAGUAUAAGCAAAAGAUCCCCAGCACAUGGUCUGGAUUAACCCUAGGGAUAUAUAAAACUUACUUAUUAUAGAUGCUUCUACCUCCCGUUGGAACCUAAGACUGUAACUCAUGUGUGUGUUUACCUGCUUUAAGCUUGUCAAUAACUCCCUUACUUCUUUUUUUUAGUUAAUACAUUUGUAUUUAGUUUAUUACAGGCUAGAAAUGUGAUCUUUGGUAUAAGAUCUUAAGUGCAGUUGACCUGGGGUAAGUGACUGAUCCUUUGGGACUGGGAAUAACCUGAAUAUUGUGAUUUUUGGUGUGAGGGACUGGGAGCUCUCUAGAAGUGUGAGGUGGCACCGGCACCUGGACUGUGGCCCUGUCCACAAGGCCCCACCUCCGCUUGGCCUCUCUCUUCCAAAGUCCCAUUCUUGCUCCACCUUUUCCUGGCCCUCUCCCGAGGCCCUGCCCACUGCCACUUGUUCUUCUCUGCCUCUUCCCCUGAGACUCCCCCACUGCUCGCUCCUCUCCGCCCCCUUCCCCAAUGUGUCCCACCCGCCUCUCACUCCUCUCUGCCUCCUUCCCAGAACGGGAGUCCUGCCCUAGGGGAGCGACGGAGGAGAGGAGGUGGAGAUGAGCGAGCGGCAGUUGGGGGGAGCCUUGGGAGAAGAGGCGGAGCAAAAGUGGAGUGGAGUGCAGGCGGGGUCAUGGUUCAGGUGCGGCGCCUCCUCCGCACUUCUGUGGAGCUUCGCUUCUGGUGGUCCAAAGGCAGUGGCAGGCCAGCGUGCCUUCGGAGGGGUGACCCAUGCUGCCGUGGCAUUUCCCCCAUGCAUGGCCAGCUUUUUUGGGGAGGUUUAACCUCCCCUGGCCUCUUAUACACACCACCCAUGGGGAUCUCCAUCCCCUCACAAGACUUGGAGGGGUUAAGGUGGCAGUUGGGCCAAUGAACUCCCCAGGUUGCACCUGCAGGAGGUGCCAGGGAGUAGGGAUUAAUUAGAUGAGACUCAGCUGGGCAGGAACAGGAGCCGCCUGUAUAAAGCCCAGGAGUGGGGAGCAGAAAGGGGCUGCAGGGAAGUAGGCUGCAGUCACGGCCUGGAAGAAGGGAGGCAUGGUUGGGGCCACAGUUACUUCCUGAGAGGUGGGAGUUUGGGCUGGCAAACCCAGGGAGGUGGGGAGAGCCAGCAAGGUAGGGGAGGCUUGGGAGAAAGGCAGCAAGGUUUGCUCCCCCAGCCACUGGGGAAAUGGCUCCAAUGAGGCAGUGCAAUUGCCCCAAAAGCCUUUGAUACCCCAGAAGUGGAGGACCAUAGUGGCCUGGCCGCAGGGCCAGGUCACAGACAGGAAGCUGCAGCUCCUGGAUCAAGAGGGGCUGCAGGGUGAGAGAAAUAGAUGAGCUGAAAGGCUGCUAGAGGAGGGCACAGUGCCUGGGAAGUGCUAAUCCCCAGAGUGGCCAGGAGGAGGCGCCUCUAGUGGUGAGUGCACCCUCAUGACAAGGUCCCUUAGUGAUUAAACCCCCUCCGGGUCAGGCAGCUGGAGUAACUUUCCCGAGUCAGCAGAGUGCUGAUCCCUUAUCAGGGAAUGGGGCUGGGGCAGGGUAUUGAUCAAGACACGUCAAUUCUUUGCUCAGAGGAAGUUGGGAAGCAGAUAAUUCUUUGAUUUGCAGCCUUCCCCAACGGCUUGGAGAGAUGGGAGAGAGCUGUUAAUGUGUAACUCUCCGAGACCUAUAAGAUCUCCUGCGGGAGGUGUACCUGAGCCAGAUCCUCAGCAGUUCCCAGCCGCGUCUAUCCAGCACCAGCAAGGAGGAUGUCUGAGAAAUUUGAAAUCUUGAACCUGGAUCUGAAAGCAGGGAACAGCCUGAAGAUAAAGGGCAACAUCGCCAAUGAUGCUGAGAACUUUGUGAUUAACCUUGGCAAGAGCCCUAGUGAGCUGGGGCUGCACUUCAACCCUCGCUUCAAUGAAUCCACCAUCAUCUGCAACUCCAAAUGUGCCAACUGCUGGCAGUCGGAGCAUCGCGACAAGCACCUGUCGUUCUCCCGGGGCUCGGAGGUCAAGUUUAUCGUCAGCUUCCUGGGAGACAAGUUCAAGGUGAAGCUGCCAGACGGGCAUGAGGUGGAGUUCCCCAACCGGCACAGCUACGACAAGAUCACCUAUCUGAGUGUGCAGGGUGGGUUCAAAGUCAUCUCCUUCAAACAAGAAUGAUGGGCCCCGCUUCCCUGCUCUAAUAAAGACCCCAGGUGAGGGGCUAGUUUGUCCCAAC